GUCUCUGUCAGGGUUGAGCGAUGGCAAUGGAGGCGGCGUGGUUGGCUCAGGUGACGGUGGCCCUGGCGGUCGCGGGGCUAGUCCUGGUUGCUGUCAUUGCACACAUGACUGCCCCAAAGAUGCCAAACCUUAACCGACACAAAGACGAAAAGUACUUUGUGACUGCUGAAGGCAAGAAGGAACCAGUGCCCAGUAUCCACGACCCCCCAGCACGUGAACUGUCUGUUGUUGUGCCUUCGUACAAUGAGGAAGAACGGUUACCUUCAAUGAUGAAUGAAGCUUUGCAGUAUCUAGAGAAGAGGCAGAUCCAAGAUCCUGCAUUCACGUAUGAAAUCAUUGUGAUUGAUGAUGGCAGCAGAGAUCAGACCACAAAGGUUGCCCUGAAGUACACCCAAAAAUAUGGGAGUGACAAAGUGCGAGUCCUCACACUGGUGAAGAAUCGUGGGAAGGGGGGAGCUGUCAGGAUGGGUGUCUUGAGUUCACGAGGGAAAAAAAUACUCAUGGCAGAUGCCGAUGGAGCCACAAAAUUUGAAGAUGUUGAGAAGGUCGAAAAAGGUCUUGAAAGCCUCCAACCCUGGCCUGAUCAGAUGGCCAUUGCUUGUGGCUCUCGCGCUCACUUGGAGAAAGAGUCCAUAGCACAGCGCUCUUACUUCCGAACACUUCUGAUGUAUGGAUUCCACUUCCUAGUGUGGUUCCUUUGUGUUAAGGAAAUAAAGGACACCCAGUGUGGGUUUAAACUAUUAACCAGAGAAGCCGCUUCCCGAACUUUUUCAACUCUUCACAUAGAGCGCUGGGCGUUUGAUGUAGAACUUCUUUAUAUAGCUCAAUGUUUUAAAAUACCAAUAGCAGAGGUUGCGGUCAACUGGACAGAAAUUGAAGGUUCCAAACUGGUUCCCUUCUGGAGCUGGCUACAGAUGGGCCGGGACCUUCUUUUCAUACGUCUGCGAUAUUUGACGGGUGCUUGGCAUCUUGAAACAAGAAAAAUGGACUAGGUUAUUUGCACUCACCAAAUAGAUUUUUAUAUUUCAAAAUAUAUGGAAUUAUUUCAGUGGCAUGAAAUAUGAAAAAGGCUGAGGUUACCCUUCUUUAUUGCUGCACAUUGUGAGUCUUGUUUGUUAAAUUGCCAAGAAUGUAGAUGUCCUAUAAGAUGCCUUUUCAAAAAAAAAAAUUUUUUUUUUAAAGUUUUGCACCUGGGGAUCAGUUUCAGUUUUUGGUAGCAACAUUUGAACUUUUUCCUACACCAGGAAAGUUGUCACAAAUGUUAAUAAAACCCCUAUGAACUGAUAUAAAGUCUCUCAUCACAUCCAUCCAAAACAUUCAUAGUGUGCAAAAGACUGCAGGCUUUGUUUAAGCAAGUGCGUGAUCUUUUGUGGAUCAGAUGUGGGCAAUGAAGAGGUGAAAACACUAGGUCUGCACACUUGUCCGUUUACUUGAACUGGCUACAGAAGCUUCAAAACUGUCAUGUCUAUUACGUAAUUUUUCCAUAAUGCCAUAGUCUAGGUGUGCUGAAUGUUUUGUACUUGCAUAUGACCUAGGCUGUUUGAGGGUCCAUUGAAUUAAGUGGGAAAUGUUGCAUCAGUUGAAGUCAGGUGUAAAAUGUUUGACUGAGUUGUCCAUAGGCUGUAUUUCAUCCCUGCCAAGGUACACUUGUAAGACAAAAGAUAUGCCUGAUAAUGGAAAUAAACUUCAUGGCUGGAAUUCGGAAGACAAGGAAAUGAGCGACUCUGCUAGCAUCAGUUUUUCUCCAGUAACUGUAAAAAUGUGUUUGAGGUAUUGUCAAAGGCUUUCACGGCCGGAGAACGAUGGUUGUUGUGGGUUUUCCGGGCUAUAUUGCCGUGGUCUUGGCAUUGUAGUUCCUGACGUUUCGCCAGCAGCUGUGGCUGGC